GUCGUUGUAGGUGUGUGGGGGGAAGGGAGCGAGCGAGCGCGCGCGGCGGUGAGGAGGGGGGUGAGAGUUGAGAGUUCAGCCGCCGUUGUCGCUGCUAGCUUGCACUCAUGAUUCCUAUAUGCCCGGUAGUUUCUUUCACCUAUGUGCCCAGCCGGUUGGGAGAAGAUGCCAAAAUGGCCACCGGUAACUACUUUGGAUUCACCCAUAGUGGGGCUGCUGCCCAGUAUAGACUUGGGUCCUUUUCAAGCAAUGGAACAUCACCACCACCACUCCUUGCUAAGAAGAAAGUCAUCACCUGCAUGACAUAUCUGCAUUCAGAGAAACUUCAAAAUGAUACAGCCUUUUUAAUGGGGGUGAAUGAGAGCCAGCAGCCAGCUUCGGGUGUAGCUUAUUCCCAUCCAACUACAGUUGCCAGCUACACUGUCCACCAGGCACCGGUUGCUGCGCACACCGUAACUGCAGCCUAUGCUCCAGCAGCAGCUACAGUUGCAGUAGCCAGGCCUGCUCCAGUAGCUGUUGCGGCUGCUGCAACAGCUACUGCUUAUGGAGGCUAUCCUACAGCGCACACAGCUACAGAUUAUGGUUAUACACAGAGGCAACAAGAAGCUCCACCACCACCACCUCCUGUCACUACGCAGAAUUACCAGGAUUCCUAUUCUUAUGUUCGAUCUACUGCCCCAGCUGUAGCUUAUGACAGCAAACAAUACUAUCAACAACCAACAGCAACUGUGGCAGCUGUGGCUGCUGCUGCCCAGCCUCAACCUUCAGUGGCUGAAUCAUAUUACCAGACAGCUCCAAAAGCAGGAUAUAGCCAAGGGGCAACGCAGUAUACCCAAGCCCAGCAAACACGACAAGUGACAGCUAUAAAACCUGCAACCCCAAGUCCAGCAACAACUACGUUUUCUAUAUAUCCAGUAUCCUCUACUGUGCAGCCAGUAGCACCUGCAGCUACUGUUGUUCCAUCCUAUACUCAAAGUGCAACAUACAGUACAACAGCAGUUACUUACUCUGGUACCUCUUAUUCUGGCUAUGAAGCUGCAGUGUAUUCAGCUGCAUCAUCCUAUUACCAGCAGCAGCAGAAACAGGCAGUGGCAGCAGCUGCUGCUGCUGCAACAGCUGCUUGGACAGGGACCACCUUUACUAAAAAGGCACCAUUCCAAAAUAAGCAACUGAAACCAAAGCAACCUCCCAAACCGCCCCAGAUCCACUACUGUGAUGUUUGUAAGAUCAGCUGUGCUGGACCACAGACUUAUAAAGAACACUUAGAAGGCCAGAAACACAAAAAGAAAGAAGUGGCAUUAAAAGCUUCCCAGAACACCAAUAGCAGCAGCACUUCUGCUCGUGGAACUCAAAAUCAGUUGCGCUGUGAGCUUUGUGAUGUAUCUUGUACAGGAGCAGAUGCUUAUGCUGCACAUAUCCGCGGAGCCAAGCAUCAGAAA